CUCACACGAAGCAAUAUAGAAGCCUAUAGCGCGAAGGGCAAAAUUCUUCUAAAGAGUGAAGUGGAACGAAAGUUUUGAAGCCAAGUUCCAUUUCAAACAAACUACUACGAACUUCCUCAAAGAAAAGUAAUCAUUCUGGUAGUAGUUCGUUAAAAAUCUUCUCUUUAACCAAAACCCUAUUUACACCCCAAAUCUCCCCCUCCAAAAUUCUCAUGAAUGCGUUAAAUAAGGAUUACAUUAGCCAAGUCCAGGUUUCAUUGGCCAAAUCGUUUUCAUUACCCAAGUCCAGGGUUUUUAAUAAAUGCCGUAUAAUACCGCCAUACCGGCCGUUGCAUAGCGGGAUUUCGAAUCUCCGAUAUUGUUAUUUACUAUAUGAUCUUCACUGAUAUCGUUACGUUUCCUAAUAUCGCGGUUUAAAACUCUGGCCAAACUUUUAACUUCCUCAAAGAAAAGUGAAGUAAUCAAUCUGGUUGGAGUUCGUUAGAAAUCUCCUCUUUUACCAAAACCCUAUUUACACCCAAAAUCUCGCCUCCAAAUCCGCAUGAUCUCGUCUCAUGAACAUUGCUCUCAGACCCAGAAAACCAGUCCUUCUCUUCUCACACCAAAACCUCAAAUGGGUCUCCACUUACACUGCCCAAACUCCACCCUUUCCUCCUCCACACCCUGCAAACCACCUCCCUGCAUUCCUCAACGGUCAAAAUCCUCACAACCCACUCGAUUACGAGCUCUCUAUUGUGUCCGCAUUAAAAUCUUGUUCAUCCCUCUUGGCCAUGUCCCAUGGCCAACAAAUUCACAGCCUUGUCUUGAAAUCCGGCCUUGAAUCUAACGUUUUUGUACGAAACAGUUUGAUUAACAUGUACGCGAAAUGUGGGUGCAUUGGUGAAGCAAAAUCGUUGUUUGAUACUGGGUCUGGGUUGGAUUCAGUAUCCUGUAAUAUAAUGAUUGGCGGGUAUGUCAGGUUUGGUCGGUUGGGAGAUGCCCGCGAACUGUUUGAUGUAAUGCCCAAGAAAGGUUGUGUUUCUUACACGAGUAUGAUUUUGGGUUUAGUACAAAAUGGUUGUUGGAAUGAGGCCGUUGAUGUUUUCAAGGAUAUGUGGGUAGAGGGUGUGAUGCCUAACGAGGUGACGAUGUCGAGUGUGAUAUCCGCAUGCUGUCAUUUGGGUGGGAUUUGGGACUGUCGGUUGCUUCAUGCAUUGAUGAAGAAAAUCGGGCUUGAAGUGUUUGUUCUAGUUUCGACUAACUUGGUGCAUAUGUAUUGUGUGAAUUCAUGUUUGAGUGAUGCGAAAACUUUGUUUGAUGAGAUGCCUGAACCGAAUAUGGUUUCACAGAAUGUAAUGCUUAAUGGGUAUUCAAAGGCAGGACAUCUUGAUUUGGCUAGAGAUGUCUUUGAGAGAAUGCCUACUAAAGAUGUGGUUGCUUGGGGUACAAUUGUUGAUUGUUAUGCGCAAGUAGGAAGAUUAGCUGAAGCUUUUACUAUGUAUCGCGCAAUGCUGCAUAGUGGUUUGGGUCCGAAUGAAGUUAUGGUUGUGAACAUGGUUUCGGCUUGUGGGCAGUUGAUGGCAUUUCACGAGGGCAAGCAGUUUCACAGUGCAACUAUAAAAACAGGCUUUGACUGCUUUGACUUCAUACAAGCAACAAUCAUCCAUUUUUAUGCUGCUUGCCACAAAAUCUGCGCUGCUCAGUUGCAAUUUGAAUUGGGUAGCAAGGACCAUGUCGCAUCUUGGAAUGCACUCGUUGCUGGACUCGUGAGAAAUGGGAAGAUUGAACUAGCUAGACAAUUGUUCAACGAGAUCCCUAAAAGAGAUGUUAUUUCCUGGAGCUCCAUGAUUUCUGGUUAUUCACAGAGUGAGCAACCUAAUAUGGCUGUAGAACUAUUUCACGAAAUGGUAUCUUGCGGUGUCAAACCAAAUGAAAUCACAAUGGUGAGUGUCCUCUCUGCAAUUGCUACUCUAGGCAUAUUGAAAGAGGGAAGACAAGCCCAUGAAUAUAUACGCAACAACUCAAUACCUCUUAAUGACAAUCUCUUAGCAGCAAUAAUUGACAUGUAUGCCAAGUGUGGGAGCAUCGAGACUGCCUUACAUUUGUUCCAUCAAAUCAAAGACAAGACUUGCUCCGUUUCACCAUGGAAUGCGAUUAUAUGCGGGUUGGCCAUGCAUGGACACGCACAGUUGUCUCUUCAAAUGUAUUCUGAUUUGCAGAAACGGAACAUUAAACCAAGCGCAAUCACAUUCAUUGGAGUCUUGUGCGCAUGUUGCCAUUCUGGGUUGGUGGCCUUAGGGGAGCAGCAUUUUAACAGUAUGAAUACCUUAUAUGGUGUGGAUCCAAACAUCAAGCACUACGGUUGUAUGGUGGAUCUUUUGGGAAAAGCAGGGAGAUUAGCAGAAGCUGAGAAACUAAUUAGGGGUAUGCCUAUGAAGGCGGAUGUCGUGAUAUGGGGCUCAUUGUUGGCAGCAUGUAGAACUCAUGGUAAUGUCGAAGUAGGGGAAUGGGCUGCAGAGAGUUUGGCUGGUGUUGAACCAUCUCAUGGUGGGAGUAGAGUUCUUCUGUCCAAUAUUUAUGCAGAUGCAGGGAGGUGGGAAGAUGCAUUUUUAGUGAGGAGGGCAAUGAAAAGCCAGCAAAUGGCUAGGUCACCGGGUUACAGUGGUGUCAUUUGACCUUGGGAUGGUUUGCUGUAAGUUAGAAUUUUCGCCCUAACCUUAUUGAAUGUUUAGUUUUUCAGAAAGAUUAUUGUACGCAAUGUAUUGUAGCUCCUAGGUAUUUUGCAGUUUGCAAUAAAUAUCAAGCAAAUGAAGACUUAUGGAAAUCUUGGCACCAUUUUCCUGUAAAAAGUCCAAAAUUUUCAUAGAAUACUUCACAAAACACUUGAAGCAUCUUCUUGAGAAAUAGAAUGGCAUUGAAGUUAGAAGUCUUAAAAUAUCAUCAGAUGGAACUUCUGUCCUAUGAAGGUUCAAACCACUGCCCUUUCAGGGUAGGCAUCUAUGAUAAGAUACCAUUUUGUUUUCAUGUAGAAACCAAAAGCCCAUAGGGUUCAAGAAUGGGGAUUGAUUUAGCUAGGUUAAAGCACCCAAACAAUCUCAAUACCCAAAUGCUGCAUUUUAAUAAACAGAAAAUCAGUCAUUCUGUACAAAGCUUGCAAUUUCUUAUAAAUUGUACAAUUUUUUCCUCCAAACCUUCAUUCUGCACUGACAAGCCUACAUAGAAAACCAUGUACAACUACAUUUCAACCACAAACCUACAAAAUUUUGGACAAAAGAAAA